AUGGCCUCUCACCACAACCCGGACGCCGUCAUGGCUGACGAGCAGCUUGCCGUAGGAGAUGACACGAUCACCGAUCUUGGUGAUUACGUGCUCGAAGACCUUCCUGAUGGCGCCCUGCCGGAGCUUAACGGAGAGCCUGCUGCUAAGAAGCAGUGCGGUGAAGGGACAUCCUCUGGCUCUGCCGGCCCCAGCACUUCUACGGCCGCGCCGCCGGCGUCUCAGCCGAUGCGGCGCUCUAACUCCUCCGGCAGCUCCGCGACUACGGCCCCCUCGUCCCCCCGUCCGGCGGUCCCACCGAGGCCGAGCCGCCCGAUCGAGGUCAAGAUCCACACGGACCCUUACCCUGACUUCUCGGCAGCCAAGGCUCGCGGGGAUACGCAUGUGGUGGUGCGGAACGUGCCGCUCGGCAUCAAGGCCGAGAACCUGCACGAAUCGCUGCUUACUGGCAAAACCGAGGACGGUCUUCCAUGGCUUGCGGACCUCCUGCAUUUUCACCGACUCAAAGACUCCUACGACGGCUCGGCGUACUCGCAGAUGCUCGGCCUCCCUAUCGCGGCUGAGGGCGACCUUUCCUUUGAGCGAAAGCUCCUCGGCCAGAAUGCUGCUACGGCUGCCUUCAAGAAGCACCCUGGCCUAGUCCUCAUUGGGCUGGACCUCGAUGUGGAGGUUUGGGCCUGCUCGGUCUGCGACUACGAGUGUGGCAUUGCGCUCGAGAGUGCGAUGUUCCAUAUCAACUCCGACUCCCACCGCACCAAGUUGCAGGAUUCCGCGCACCUGAACGCCACCAAGGACAAAUACGGGGCCUGGAAGGCCGAAACCAUGGUGCAGCACCACCGCAUCAAGGCUCUUCUGCAGUAG